GCCUCAGCUGUGUGGUCUCCCGCGUUCUGACGAUCUCAUUCCCCCCUUCCUACUCUUUUUAAUGCUCAGUAAAAGAAGAGAAAAUGGAGAAGAGAAGUAAAACGAAGCAAAAUCAAGGCGAAAGUGAAAAAAUCUCUUUUUUUCUCUUUCUCUGCCUUUGAUUUGCUAUUUUCUCUUGCUAACGAGCUCAAUCGUUUGAUUCCAUAAUGUCUUUUUCUAUCCUUUUGAAACCAUUUGGAGCUGUUUGAUGGAGUGGCGAGCUGGUGACGGGAGUCAGAAAGGACGCUAUAUCUGAAGCAGCAGAGUGGAAAUUUGGGGCUCCAACAGCCAAAGAAGUACCUAUCGGCGGGAUCUGCAUGUGUGACUGAGGAGGAUCAAGCCGGACGCUUGGGAUCGCUCUCCUGUGUGAUGGCGGCGGCGAAGAACACGCCGGCAACUGAUGGGAUAUCGGGAGAGUCCGGUGCCGACGGGUGCUGCCUGCAGAAGUUCAGGCUGUACGAGACCCAAUCGACAUUUUAUAUGGUUGGAAGGGACAAGGGUAGAACACUUUGGAGAGUGUUAAAGAUUGACCGAUUGGAACCUUUUGAUCUAAACAUACUUGAGGACUCUGCCAUGUACUCAGAAAAUGAAUGCAAUGAUCUGUUGAAACGCAUUCAUGAGGGAAAUAUGUCAACUGGUGGACUUAAUUUCGUUACUAGCUGCUAUGGGAUUGUUGGUUUUGUUAAGUUCUUAGGGCCAUAUUACAUGAUGCUUAUAACCAAAAGAAGGUUAAUUGGUUCUAUGUGCGGCUAUAAUGUGUAUGCUAUCACCAAAAGUGCGAUGAUUGCAGUUCCAAAUUCUACCGUGAGGUCCAAUAUGACGAUUUCUAAGAAUGAAAACAGAUACAAGAGGCUGCUGUGUACUGUGGAUCUGACAAAGGACUUCUUUUUCAGCUACUCUUAUCCUGUGAUGCGCACUCUUCAGAAGAAUUUAUUUGAUUCUCAGACAGGGCAAGUAUUAUAUGAAACCAUGUUUGUCUGGAAUGAGUUCUUGACAAGAGGGAUCCGCAAUCGUCUUAAGAAUAAUGUCUGGACAGUUGCUUUAGUCUAUGGUUUUUUCAAGCAGGCCAAAAUUUCAGUGACCGAUAAGGAUUUUUGGUUGACCCUCAUUGCUAGGCGCUCACGCCAUUAUGCUGGAACCAGGUAUCUAAAGCGUGGAGUUAAUGAUAAUGGUUGUGCAGCAAAUGAUGUGGAGACGGAACAGAUUGUUUUCGAAGAUGUUCCUACAGGAACUCCUACGCGGAUAAGCUCUAUAGUGCAAAACAGGGGUUCUAUACCCCUCCUUUGGUCCCAGGAGACAUCAAAGCUGAAUAUGAAGCCUGAUAUUAUUUUGCGGAAGAAGGAUGAGAAUUUUGAAGCUACACGGCUGCAUUUCAUGAAUCUUGUGAGGAGAUAUGGAAAUCCAAUCGUUAUUUUAAACUUGAUUAAGAUGCGAGAGAAGAAGCCAAGAGAAUCAAUACUCAGAGCAGAAUUUGCAAAUGCAAUUGAUUUUUUAAACAAAGAUCUUGCCGAAGAACAUUGCUUAAGAUUUUUGCAUUGGGACCUCCACAAACAUAUGCGAAGCAAAGCAACAAAUGUGCUUCUAUUGCUGGGUAAAAUCGCGACAUAUGCUUUGCAUCAAACAGGUUUCUUUUAUUGCCAAUUAAGCCCAGUUUUGGGGCUCAACGGUGUUCCCGAGUGGCCUGAUGCAACGAAGGGCAGUGCUCUCAGCUUGUCUUGUAACAAGGAGUCAGAUCACAUUGACAGCAGCUAUUCACACAAUGAUACCUUUAGGACUGGUCUUCAAGAAUAUAAUGCCGAAAGUUCUGAUACUGCAAAGCUUGGAUAUUCAGAAUACAAAACCGAAGGCAACGGGAAUUGCUUGGUGAAGCCUAGCAGAUUUCAAACUGGUGUUCUGCGCACAAAUUGUAUAGAUUGCUUGGAUCGCACUAAUGUUGCUCAAUAUGCCUAUGGUUUAGCUGCUCUUGGGCAUCAGCUCCAUGCGUUGGGACUUGUAGAUGUUCCAAAACUUGAUUUAGCUGCUCCUUUGGCUGAUGAGUUGAUGAAUUUCUAUGAGAGAAUGGGUGAUACACUUGCACUACAAUAUGGAGGCUCUGCUGCUCACAACAAGGUAUUCUCUGAAAGAAGGGGCCAAUGGAAGGCAACAACUCAGACUCAGGAGUUCUUCAGGACACUUCAGAGAUACUACAGCAAUGCUUAUAUGGAUGCUGAAAGACAAGAAGCAAUAAACUUGUUUCUAGGGUACUUCCAAGCUCUGCAGGAAAAGUCCACAAUUUGGGAUCUAAAUUCUGAUCGGAAUUGUAAUCCCAGCUGGUGUGACAAUAGCUUACUUACUGCAACUCCUAGUUCAUCCAUGAAAAGAUCUCAAUCAGAUGGUAACAUUCUACAUCAAAACAACAUAAACUUGUCAGACUAUUGUGUGGGAAUAAAAGAUGUUCAUAACUCUUUGAUAUCAUCUGAAAAAGCACCUGACGUUCCAUGUGCCAGAAGACAUUCUAGUUCAAACACAGGGUUUUCGACUCGUCAGAAAGAUGAAUCAUAUUCCAGGUACACCUCCUCAAUGUCUUGUAGGAAGCUUUUUGCAGAGAAUGAGCAUGGUUGCUCUAGUGAAGCCGAGGUUGAUGCAUCAGCGUCUUCAAAUUUUUUGGACCUUGAUUGGCUUUCAUCUUCUGGAAAUUCUUUUGAUGAUGACAUUUAUGAGAGGUCUACUGUUGCAAAUCUUUCUGCUGAAAAUGUUAUCAGCGGCCUAGCAUCUGAUUCAAGUCUUCCUUUGAGUGAAAAUGAUUAUGGCAUAAAGGUUAGAACUGUCAAUUUUGAUUUUUAAGUUUUUUUUUUCCUG